AUGUACUCCAACAGUUCUGAGUCUUGGGUUUCCAUCAACACUUCCUCUCCCGUGCUGCCUGUGAGUAGUAGUCCUGGUAACAGUAGUGGCAUAGAGCCGUACCUGCAGAGACUGGCUCAUCUGGAUGAGGGGCUUUACAACGACUUCUACGGCCUCUGGAUCACUCUGAUGGUCGUGAACUCUCUCAUAUUCCUGGUGGGCAUGGUACUGAACAUGGUGGCACUGUAUGUCUUCUGCUUCCGCACGAAGCCAAAGACCACCUCAGUGAUCUACACCAUCAACCUUGCGGUGACCGAUCUCCUGGUGAACCUCUCCCUGCCGACCCGCAUCCUGCUGUACUACAGCGGAGGAGCCUGCCUCACCUGCUCCUACAUGCACAUCUUCAGCUACUUUGUCAACAUGUACUGCAGCAUCCUGUUUUUGACCUGCAUAUGUGUUGACCGUUACCUCGCCAUAGUGCAGGUUGAAGCGUCCCGUCGGUGGCGAAACUCCAAUGUGGCCAAGUGUGUGUGUGUCUCUGUCUGGCUCUUUGCCAUCGUGGUCACCUACUCCUUCCUCUCCACUGCUUUCCGGCAUACGGGCUGCUGCCUGUCAAAGCUCCUCUUCCUCACCAUCACUGAGUUCUUUCUUCCCCUCAUCAUUAUUGUGGCCUUCACCGUGCGGAUCAUGUGGGCCCUAGCUGACCGUCGCCUGAUGCAGCAGAGCAGGGAGAGGAGGAGGAGAGCUGUCCAGCUGCUCACCACCGUGCUGGUCAUCUUCACUGUCUGCUUCACACCUUUCCACAUCCGACAGGUGAUAGUCUACUUCUACCCUAAUAUGCCUCACCACGUGAUAGUCUAUCACCUGACUGUCACUCUCAGCAGUUUAAAUAGUUGUAUGGAUCCUGUGGUCUACUGUUUUGUCACUAAUAACUUCCAGGCCACCAUGAGAAGUCUGUUUCGGCGUGCCGAGGCCGAGCAGACCAGUGGUGACAUCAUCAGCAUGCAGCACAGCUCCAAGGCCUCGGGGGGGACAGUCAAUGCCAUCACCAAUAAUGUGAUCAUGAUGACCGACAUUCCCCCCGCACUGCAGAGAAACAUCAGUCUGGGGAAAAACCAUACACUGUAAAUUGACUUUCACAGAGGGUGAACAAACUGGGAACUAAGAGUUACUGACAUGUCCAAUUUGCCUGUGGACAAAAGGCUAAUAAAUCUACACUCUAGUGACAUGCUAGCCAGCAAUGGUAUCAUCAGUAUUUGGCACAGUGCUACGGGCUCCGGAUGGACAGCCAGUGCUAUCAUUAAUAUUAUAAUGAUGGCCAACCUAACAAUUUACUAUAAAUGAUCACACAAUGGAAAAAGAACUGGUUCAUGGACCAAACAAGAGUGCAGGAGGACUCUUGUUGUAAGGAGUGAAGAGGGACAUUCAGUGCUGUCUGUAACAUCAUCAUAACAAGUGACCCUCCAGGCCAUCAUACAAACAUUUUACUUGGGCAUUUAGCUCUUAUCCUGAGUGACCUACAGUAAGUGAGUAGAUAAGGGUUCAGGUUUUUGCCCGAGGACACUUUGACAGUGCAUCUGAUUUGUUUGUGUACACACUGUGAAGUUGUAAGAUCAUACCUGGGAUCUUUUUGUCCUGGGAUGGGCAUCCUAACCACACGUCCACCUUGCUGCCAUAUUCAAACAAUACCAGAGGAUACAACACCGAUUUAAUGUGUAUUAUUAUAUGAAGGCAUUCUACAAGUGAUAUUCGGCUCCAUAGAUAUAACAGGCCAUCUUUCAGUCACAAACUCACUGCUGGCGUACAUUGGCUACUUCUGCCAGUGACAGAGACUAAACCAGCAACUUUCAAUUACUGGCAAGCUUUUCUUGCGGAAGGCCAACCUGCCACUGGCUUGACAAUUACUGAUUUGAAUCUAACAGAAAGUGGUAUUACUGAGAUGAUGGUGUUUCAUCCAUCUUUACUGUUGUAGAGCACUUGAACAGGUCACAAAACCUCAGAUUAUUCGGGACCUUACAGUACAAAGUCUUGCGAGCUGACCUCUGAAGCAACAGAUAUUCAGAUUGUCAUUUGGCCGAAGUGAUGCAUUGUUGCAGGCCAUAUUCAUUGUAAAAAUUGGUGGAACUUCAGGAUUUUUUUUUUUUUUUUUUUUGUCUUGAUGGCUCAUUUGCCAUCAAGACAAAUACUACACAACCAGUUCACAUUCUGGGUAAUGAGGAACUUUUUUCAAUUUCUAAAUUAUAACCACAGACAAGUAGACUAGUAGAAUCUCCAUUUUUGAUGGUAACAGAGCUAGUCUACGCAUUAAUGCAGAAAUCAUCAAGCAAUUACUUUCAUUUGUACUGUGAUGAAUCUGCUACAAAUUAAAUUGAUAGUUAAGUAGCUGUGUGAUGCAAAAUGACCACUUUAAACUGGCUGGUGAUUUUAGCUGUGACAUCACCUAUAUGUUAAAUUUAAAAUGGCCAGAUGAUGUUCCAUGCUGUCAUUAACAAAGGAAUGAUGUGGAUGCCUAAUUUGGUGUCUGCACUACAUGUGAUGGCUAUAUCCCGUCUAUGGAGUGGGAAUCAUAUUCUGUGUGGGGGGUUAUGGCUGGACAGGAUGAGAUUCAAUUACAUGUUGAUGGAAUGGGAUGUAAAAUGCACACAGCUUAUGUCUUGUGUUUCACCAUAUGCCAAGUAGUGAUAUGUUUUGGACAAAUUUCAGGGUGACAUUCGUAUCACAAAAAAAUGUAACAAGAUAUUUGGAAGUGAUGUCUGGUGUUGCGCAGGGGAGGGCAGUAUUUCACUCCCUUUUGAAGAUCAUGAGAGCCAGAGGAGGUCUUAGUCAAAUGAACCUGCUGGGAAUAAGACUGAACUGCACUGUGAAUGUUUGGAUAUGGUGAUGAUAAUGUUUUAUUGAGAAUAUUUUUACCAUUGUGCUGUUCUGUAAACACUAUUAUUUGUGGGAUACAAUUCAU